AUGACGGAGAACCUAGGAGCAGAUGAAAGUCCAGCACGUGAUAUGACCUCGUUUAACGAGGAGGAGAACCGAUCCGACGGGGACGGCUCUCAUGGUGUCUCUACAGGGAAGCAGCAGCAUGGCGGUGGUAUUGAGCCUGGCAGUACCCAGGUGGACGUGGCAGGGAACCCACGCAGACACAGAGUCAAGCUGCCAGCCUCCAUCCUCAGCUCCAAACCCUUCAGCGUGCCCAACCAGCAGUUCCUGUGUGUAGAGGAGCCGGUGAGGAGGAAGGUGAAGACUGCGUCUGUGACGGGGGGGCAGCUCGUCCCACGGGGGUUUGAGCUCCUCCCAGCAGAGGUCCAGUUUGGGGCCCUAAAGGAGGGCUGCACCUACAGCGUCCCCGUGCUCAUGAAGAACGUGGGCUUCCACACCUGCAGGUUCAGUGUGAAACAGCCAUCCCCUGGUACUGGAAUCAGAGUCAUCUARACCCCUGGACCUGUGGCUGCUGGGAUGAAGACUGAGCUUCAGGUGGAGCUGUGUGCCAUGACUAUAGGUCUGGAGGAGUCUGCAGAGGGAGAGGUCUACAUCUCCCACCACAUCCACAUCAAGACUGAGACUGAGAUCUUCUACCUGCCUGUCUUAGCUACCAUCCUCCCUCAGCGUAUGUAUGACACCAGGACCAAGGAUCAUACCAACGGGCUCCAGACAGGGGUAUCCAAGGUCCGCCUCAUCUCCUCCACCCCCUCAGUCAGACGUGMAGUGGUCCUCCCUCYCAGACCUCUUCUCUCCACCAUCUGAACACUGGAACUAAUCACUCUCUAGAAUGCCCUUCAAGCCAAUCAGAAACCAGUAUUCAACAAUGCCAUGGUAUAAGAACAGGAAGUCAUGUCUAACGGAUGCUAAGGGCUGUUAAGGGUUUUACAAACGUUCACUCCCCACUGAAACGGGAUCUUUUCCUUCCACUUCCAGGUGAAAUUGAAUCAGACGGAUUGAGACAGUUUAUAUAAAACUACUUUCAUCGUGCUUUGGUGUUUUAGUCACAUAGUGCCGUUGUUCGAUGGCUGUUGAAUAGAAUACAAUGAAUCUUAGCAAUAAAGAACCGUGAUAUAACA